GGAAUGAAAUAAGAUGCACAUAUGUGCGAAAUUCAACCGAAAACGGUUCAUUUGGAAAAGUUGAGACUAUUGGGACCAUAAAAUGAAGAUAUAUGUGUCUAUAACUAGGACAAUGGUUUUGACAGUCCUUGAGCGGCGCAUGAUCUCCAUCUUUAAAAAAUCUCCUUCUUCCGGUCCGGAGUUCCUCCCUUUCCGGUGAAAACAAGCCCGCGUGUGCGGUCUGUGAGUGAGCCGCCGUACGCUAGCCCGCACCGCAGAGUUCGUCGUGAAAGGAUCCCGGUCGUUGGUAACUCGGAACCCGCAGCAGAGUGGUGCGCUCGCCAUGAGUUUUGUGGAAUAUUCAGAAUGUAUUCAAGACUCGGACGUUGCCAUCAUUUACCUGGGCCACAACUCCGUGAUGCCUGUCAAAGUGCAGCAUGGCGCCCAAACGCAAACACGCUAUGGAGUCAUUCGCCACUCCUCUGACCUGAUUGGCCAGCGUUAUGGGUCGAAGGUCACCUGCAGUAAGGGUGGCUGGGUCUAUGUUCUUCACCCGACACCAGAGCUGUGGACCGUUUCCCUUCCACACCGGACUCAGAUUCUCUACACCACCGACAUCGCCACCAUCACCAUGAUGCUGGAUCUGAAGCCCGGUUCCAUCGUCUGUGAGUCGGGUACAGGAAGCGGCUCUCUGUCCCACGCCAUCCUGCGCACCAUAGCCCCCACUGGUCACCUGCACACGGUGGAGUUUCACAAGCAGCGGUCGGAGAAGGCAGCAGAGGAGUUCAGCGAGCACCGUGUCAGCCAUCUGGUCACCGUCAGGAACCAGGACGUGUGCAAGGACGGGUUCGGGGUGACUGGGGUGGCGGAUGCGGUCUUCCUGGACAUCCCCAGCCCGUGGGAGGCAGUCGGACAUGCCAAGGCUGCCCUAAAGAAGCAUGGAGGUCGGCUCUGCUCCUUCUCCCCGUGCAUCGAGCAGGUCCAGAGGACGGCCGAGGCGCUCACGGAUCACGGCUUUGAGGAGAUCAACACCCUGGAGGUUCUGCUGAGGGUCCACGACGUCAGAACCGUUUCCCUGCCACUGCCGGACUACGGUCCAGACUGCUCUGCUCAUCCUGAGCCGGACGCCAUGGAGACUCCUCCUCCUCCUAGCCACGCCUCCAUCAGCAUGAAGACAACCACGCCGCCAAGAGAAUUACCUGGUCACACGGGAUACCUCAUCUUUGCCACUAAACCUAGAACAUGAAGUCCUGCAGCAGAACUUUUCUUUCUGAUCUGAAUGUUUCGGUGUCGUCAGUACCUGAUCCACCAGCGGCGCCGGCUGCUCUGGUGUGGACAGCUGCGGCGCCGGCAGGAGUCACAGAUUUCUGUUGAAUCAUAUUUUUGUCAUACAGGAGGAAAGAAAAUCAAACUGAGCUUGAUGUGGGCGGAUCAGAUGAGGAUUAAAUCCUGCAAUUAUUUUGUAUGUUCUUUUGCUUACACUCACUUGAAAUAAGUGGAAUAUUUUGAUGUAAAUGCAGGCGUCAGUUUUCUUUUCUUUUCUUGGGCUGUUUAAAAUGAUUCAUCCUGCAGCAGGAGGACGUUAGAAUUCAGUUAAAGAUCUUUGUUCUGAGGUUUGUUCGUGCAGAAUGAUGAGGAUGGGGAGAAUCUGUUCUGAUCUCCUUCCUUUCUCAAAGGUUUCUCAACAUUCAAAGAUGACGGACAACACUCCUCCCAGAGUGAGUCAUUUUGCUUUUUCAGACCGGAGAAUAAAUGCUCUGCAGUAAAAGAAC